AUGUCGAGUUCCAGGACUGCUGCCGGCUUGCAGUCGUCGAACUCGCUGCCGCAUCUGAGUGGACAGGCACUGGAAUCGCACAACACCUCCACCACUUCUCACGGAAGCAAACGACGAGCUGCCAAUCGCCCAGUACCGUCGCCACUACAGGAAUCUGUCUCUGCUAGGUCCAACUCGGAUGCCAGUGGUGGGCUGCGUAGUCCGGGCGCGCCGAACGAUUACGCACGAAACGCCUUUCGAUCACAGGAACAGGUCCUUACCACCUACACCGGCUUGCCAGCCGAUCGCGCGAGGGCGCCCGCCAAGAAGGCCCCUACAUCACCCGCCAUCGAGAGCUUUCGCAACUUCGUGACUGCCGACGCCUUGAAGGAGGAGGCCCAGGCGAGAGCUGCAACAACAUCUGCUUCUGCAAGUAGCCAGUCACGAAACGUCUCUGCUCCUGCACAGCACUCUCCGCCCUCGUCGCCAACCAUGAUCUCCGCACAGCUUACGAGACCUUCACAUCAUGCCGAGUUGCGCUCUAUAGACGGUCGAACCACGAUGCCGCGCACCACCUCGAUAGAUUCGACAGUGUCUACCGGAUCGACGGCCAAUGCAAGCCUGCACAAGUCACACGGGAGCAGCUCGUCAUAUAGGGUAUCGCACGAGUCCACAGCGCCUGAGGAUGUGGCUGCUCUGAUCGCAACGGCGGGUUCCGCGGAAGCAGCGAUACAGAAGCUGUUGAACGACAAGAAUCAGGCAGCGUCACAUAAUGCACAGCUAUGGAGACUAGUGGAGAAGCAAAGAGCAAUGAUAUUGGGUCUGAACAAGGAUUUGGAGAAGACAUUGAAGGACAAGGAGAGGUAUAGGAGGAAGGUGAAGGAAAGUUUGGCUGCAUCGCAGUCAGCACCAAUCCUGCCCACCAACAUUCAAGCUGUGGAGGGGCUGGAGACUCGGGAGAGCAGUCAAUCGCCGGCACUUCAGGAGUCUGGGUCAGAGGUAGGGAUGGUGUCUGGAGGCAUGAGUGGAGUGAGCCUCGAUGGUCGCAAGAUUAGCGACGCCUCAGAUGUGAUCUCGCUAGGUCCAGGACGAUCGGACACACCGCAAAAUCCUCCAUCAUCUGGCACGCUGCCAUCUUCCCCACACUCUGCCGGUAGUGCCGGGAGUGGGAGCAUGAUGGCACGCGACAUUUUCUACCAGAAUAGCACGCGACGGCCUGAGGAGACGAUGUCUCGACCGACACCAAAUCCGAUCAAUACGUCACGAAUACUCGAGGCGUCGACGCAGAACGCUGUAUCUCCCAAGACACCCCAGCCACUCAAUGCAUACACGAACGGACCUUCACUGUCUAGCCCGAAGACAGCAAACAGGAAAGCGCCCCCUGCGCCCUUGCAACUAUCGCCGAAGGCUGUCGGACCUGUUGCGAGCAUAGCCAAUAAUAUCGUUGAUGCAUCUGAUUCGGAGUAUGAGGAUGAUCCGGAUAGUGCGCGUGAUGAGUACAACUCUCGUGGUCGUAGGAGAACACGCGAGGAGGAUGACGCGGAACGAGAAGAAGUCGCGAGGCAGGAAGACGAAUAUCGAAGUCAGUCCAACAAAAAGAAGAGCAAAAGCAAACCUCCUACGGAACAUGGUGAGGUCGCGUCUGGCUUGAGUGUCUUUAAUGUUUCGCAGCAGGCUGUAGUACCACCUGCGGCUAUUCAGACUGCCCAAACUCAGCUGUAUCAGUCAACGGCUGAUCCAGCUGCGAUGCUAAGACAACGGUCUGUCUCGGACGCACGCAAUGCACUGCCGAAGAGUAUAACGGCGCCGGCGCUGAUGAGUCCCGGCCUGCCCAUGAGUCCACGACCCAUUGACAAGCCACUCAACUCACCCAUGCCACGCGCACCAAAGACUGGCAUCAGCACGAUACCCAUGUCGCCGAGAGUCGGCUUACCGCUAUCACCCAGAGCGCCGAGACAGCCUCUGCCGAUGCCUCCUCAGACACCACUUACAUUCGCGUCGCCACACUUGGCGCGAGCUGAGAUGUAUCAUCAGCAGGCACAAUCUCAGCAAGCUUCUAUUGCGGAUCGGUUGCAGCCAUCACCUGAGCCCAGCCUAGAACACAGUAGGCCCUCGACGUCUUCGGAUCCUAAUCCCAAGUCGCCAGGUGAAGUAUACAGCGGUCUCGUGGUCGAGCAGUACCCUGAUUUGCUAUUACCUCCCAACGCGCUACCUUCGAUCUACAUCAGGACCUCCUCAUCACGAAUGAAGCCUUCACGGCAGAGCUACCUGGCGCCAAAACUCACUGAUAACGAGAGCCCAGUCAUCACUCUUGCUGUACACGAACGGUCGGAUCGGAAGCAACUGUGGCGUGUGGAGAAGACAGUGGCUUCAUUGGUCUUGCUAGAUACGCAGAUCAAGCAUGUCUCUUCCUUCCGGGACAGGCUACCCGAUAAGACUUUGUUUGCUGGUCAUUCCCCGGUGAAGAUCGACGCUCGCCGGACCGCCAUUGACGUCUAUUUCGAGCGGAUGCUGGAUUCUUUGGAGACCGAAACAGCCGCGAAGGUGCUAUGUAAGUUCUUGUCGACCGAUGCUAUGGGCGCGGAAGGUGGAGACUACUUUGGCGCCGCUGUCGAUGCUAGACCAGACACACCUGUUGCUAAAGGGCGUACGCAGAAAGCUGGAUAUCUGACCAAGCGCGGCAAGAACUUUGGCGGGUGGAAAGCACGAUACUUCGUGCUGGAUGGUCCAAAUCUCAAAUACUUUGAGGCACCAGGGGGUGCACAUCUGGGAUCGAUCAAGUUGAUCAAUGCCCAGAUUGGCAAGCAAUCAGCACAGACCAACGCUGCGCCACAAGAAGACGAAGAGAAUCAAUUCAGGCAUGCUUUCUUAGUACUGGAGCCGAAGAAGAAAGACAUGUCGAGUCUGGUUAGGCAUGUCCUCUGUGCUGAAAGCGACGAGGAGCGAGAUGCAUGGGUCGAUGCACUAUUGCAGUAUGUCGAUUUCAAGGAGGGGGAGGACGACGCGGCAAAGGGCAUGCAGUCUGUGAGGCCUGACAACACCAGUGCGAAGAGCCCAAGACUACAGAAGUCGCUCAAUGAUUUGCGACCACCGUCACGGUCUAGAGAAAUUCCGCAUCAAAUGCCAGAUCAUGUUCGAUCGGUCAACUACAACGAUACCACAGCUGGAGACGCCCCUGUUAUUGGUGGCCAAAGUCAGCCAAAUCGCAAGACCGACACGCCCUCGCCACCAGCCGAGAAUGGAUACUUGGCUCUGCACGAACAUACGCAGCAACAUGGAAAUCCUACGAUCUCUGGUCCGACCAAUCUGCAAGUCAUCUCGAGCGGUAGUGAUUGGGGUAUGAAAAUGCCACCUACGCCUCAGGCCAAAGAACAUAACACCAAGGACAAGAAGCGUAGCAUGUUUGCGGCAUUCCGAGGUCGUUCAUCGUCUGAUUUGGCACCUGGCUUGAUGUCGCCUGCUCAUCCACCGGAUCAUCGUGGCAACGGCGCUGGCCGUGCUGUCUUUGGUGUACCCUUGGCCGAAGCCGUGGCUGCCGCACAUCCUGCUGGAGUCAGUACGCACCUCCCGGCUGUUGUGUAUCGCUGCAUCGAGUACUUGACGAUCAAGGAAGCUCGCAAGGAGGAAGGCAUCUUCCGUUUGUCUGGCUCGAACACUAUCAUUAAGUCGCUGAAAGAUCGCUUCAACAAUGAGGGUGAUGUCAAUCUUGCGGCUGACGAGCAGUAUUACGAUGUCCACGCUGUGGCCGGCCUGCUCAAACUCUACCUGCGUGAGUUGCCGGCUAGCAUUCUUACCCGAGAUCUGCACCUAGAGUUCCUGUCGUGCUUAGAGCUGCACGGCAAGGACAAAGUGGUGGCGCUCAACAUACUGGUUAACAAAUUACCGAAGGCCAAUCGUGUCUUGCUGGAGGCGUUGUCGGCGUUCUUGCUUUCUAUUGUCAGCAAUGCGGACACUAACAAGAUGAAUGUUCGCAAUGUUGGCAUCGUCUUCGCACCCACACUUAACGUCCCAGCGCCAUUGAUCUCCAUCUUCGUCGAAGACGGCGCCGAUAUCUUCGGUCUCGCCCUAGACGAAGCGGAGUCACCUCGUUCAGCGACAGAGCCAGCGCCGACACAGAUGACAUCGACAGAUCUCCGCUCGCCACGUAAGCAGAUGUUCUCUGAUCUUCCAACACCAGCGUACAACCAAACUACUUUCCACCACAACACUGGUGUGUCGCACGGCGACACGGGCAUGAUACCCAUACAGCCUAGCUACGCAAGCUACCAGAUGGCACCACAAGGCGAAGGUAAUUUCGGAAGCAUAAACGACGCUUUACGAUCGCCUGGCUUGUACAGCACGAAUCCGAGUAAUGGUGUCCCCACACCACGAGAGGUCAAGACGAAGAGACGUGAGAGUGCAUUGAACUUCCUUAAUCCUUCUUCUUCCAGUGGUCCGCAGAAGAAGACCAGUAUGUCCCGACUGCGAGAGCAGCAGGAGGGUGCGAGGUUUUGA